AUGGCAUCUAUGACAUCUUUUGGGGAUUCGAAUUCCGGGGUUCAAGCAACCGCCGGAGGCAAUGUCAUUACUAAUUUCGUACAAGCGGGAGCUUUAUCGGAUGAACAGUGCUUGAGAGACCUCCGAAUCACCAACCCAAGGGACGAUAAAAUUCGCAUUGAGAAUAAGAAUGGCAAGCUCCUCGAAGAAUCUUAUCGUUGGAUUUUGAGCAACAAGGAGUUCCAGCAGUGGCAUGGUUCCAACAUCCAAGAAACGAGUCUUUUCUGGAUCAGGGGCGACCCAGGGAAAGGCAAGACUAUGUUGCUUUGUGGAAUAAUCGAGGAGCUACCAAAAAUAAGCCCGGAUACGGAGCCGGUGAAUCUAUCGUUCUUCUUCUGCCAAGCCGACGACCCACGGCUGGAUAAUGCCACUGCAGUCCUGAGAGGUCUCAUAUGGUCUUUGCUCGAUUCCCAGAGCUCUCUCAUUUCUCAUGUGCGAGGGGAAUGGGGCCCAGCUGGGAAGUCUUUAUUCGAAGACGUGAACGCAUGGAGCGCCCUCUCCAAAAUGCUCACAAACAUUCUGGGAGAUCCGACUUUACGGAGGACCUAUUUGAUUAUCGAUGCUCUUGACGAGUAUAUCAAAGAGCGCCUCAAUACUGCGAUUCAAUCGACUUCAGUUUCGUUGGAGCUUAACCAGGAUCGUGUAUCCGAAGCCGUGGGCCAUUUUAUUGAGCACAAGGUCCACAAGUUAGUAGACGUCAAGAAGUAUGAUGAAAACACAAGCGGGACAGUCAAGCACCAUUUGCUAUCCAAUUCACAGGGGACUUUCCUUUGGGUAGCACUGGUCUGUCAGGAGCUCUCGAAGACACCACGCAGGCAUGCCAUCAAAAAGCUAAAAGUCUUUCCCCCCGGACUUGAUGCCUUAUAUCACCGCAUGAUCGACCAAGUUCGGGACUCCGAAGAUGCGGAUAUUUGCAGGCGCAUGUUAGCUGUGGCAUCACUCGCUUAUCGGCCCAUCACGCUCAGCGAAGUAACGUCUUUGAUGAAAUUACCCAAGGAACUCUCUGGUGACUUCGAAGCCUUGUCUGAGAUUAUAGAGACUUGCGGCUCGUUUCUAACAUUACGUGACUGCGAUACUAUCGUCUUCGUUCACCAGUCUGCGAGAGAAUUCCUGAAAAGCCAAGCACAAAUUGAGAUAUUCCCUGAGGGCCUGGGUGUUGAGCAUAUGUCAAUUUACUAUAACUCUUUACAAGCCAUGUCAAGUACCCUUUGCCAAGAUAUCUUCGGACUGGGGCGUCCUGGGUUCCCGGCCGAGGAAGCUGUACCACCGAGUCCAAAUCCUUUGGCAUCUGUGAUGUACUCCUGCGUCUACUGGGUCGAUCAUCUUCGAGAUGGUUGGCUGGAGAGAGGAGGCGAUGCUGCUUUCGACGCUGACGGAGGCUGCUUGGAAAAUUUCUUUAGGAAAGACUACCUGCACUGGCUUGAAGCCCUUAGUCUUUCCAAGUGUCUGAAUCAUGGUGUCACGGCUAUGCUCAAGCUCGAGGAACUUUUUAAACAGGAGGUCCCAAUGAAACCAUUUCUCUAUGAUCGUAUCAGAGACGCAUCAAGAUUCAUACAGUAUACUAAAGAUGGGAUCGAGGCCUCCCCUCUUCAAGUGUACAGUUCGUGCAUCUUAUUCACCCCGAUUGAAAGCCUCACGAAAAAAGCCUAUCAGGAUUCAAGUUGUAGGCCAGACUGGAUUUUGAACAUAUCGUUAGUGAAUCGGCAUUGGAGUAGAUGCUUAAAACAUCUCGAUGGGCAUUUCGGGCCUGCGACCUUCAUCGCCUGGUCACAUGAUGGCCGUUUACUCGCAUCAGCAGACUUCAGUGGUGUCCUCCUAAUUUGGGAUACAGCUUCUGGCCAACAGUUAUCGCACAUUUCAUUACCUGAGCUAGCGCAUAACCCUGCAUGGUCGCCUACCGGGGGAAGACUAGCAAGCGGAUCCGGAAAUGGAAGAAUUGAGAUAUGGGAUACUACAAACUUGGCAUCGCCUAUCAAGCAAAUUACUGCCUUUGAUGGACAGUCCCCAAUCACAGCUCCGCUCUCCUGGUCGCGGGACGGGUUCUGCAUCGCAGCCGCUCACUUAGAUUGUGUAAAGAUAUGGGAUACAAUUUCUGGCCGGUGUAUAUCAGUUAUACAGCUGCACUGUAGAUGCGCUGACACUGUUUGGUCGCGAGACGGAAGCCGUCGGCUCGCUGUGGCUUUGGAAGAUGGCACUAUUGUGAUUUGGAAUCAGGUUACGAACGAAAGUAUAUCUCUCCCCCAAAAGAAUACCCAGAGCAACAAGCUCUCUUUUGGCUUGAGGCAAUAUCAUGGUCAGAAGAUGGGACUCGUAUCGCCGUUGCAACUCACUGUAUUAUACGGGUAUUUGAUGCUGUUAUUGAGCAAGAGCAAAUCCUCACGAUUAAAGACGAAGGGUUCUCGAAAUCGUUUGCUUGGUCUCCCCGAUGGAUCCAGAAUUGCAUCUGGGUCCCUGCCACGCCUUGUCAAGAUAUGGGACACGAGCGACGCCCUCACACCUGCCAAACCUGGCAUGGAAUUCGGGGAUUCAUUUGAUGAAAAUUCCUUCGAUGAAGAUGCACUCAAUGAGAAUGCGCUCAAUGAGAAUGCACUCGAUGAGAAUACAUUGACGUGUUAUGACACGAUGAAGGAAAAGGUCAGUAUCCUAUCCUGGUCACAAGAUGGAAGCCGGCUCGCAGCCGCAUCUUCUGGUACGAUUGGGGUCUGGGACCCAUCGACUGGAAAGCUUUUAUGGGCCUUGGGCCACCAUGAAGAGCCCUUAUCGCUCUCUUGGUUACAAGGAGGAUCUCGAUUCCUGUCAUUCGGUUCCCGAUCAAUCAUAGGAACAUGGGACCUACUAACCGGCGAGUGUGUCACGAUUUUGGAAGAAGAUCAAUCGGUAUUAGAAUUCUGCUCCAUCUCUUGGUCGCCAGAUGGAGCUCGGCUCGCACAGUGGGCUUUGACCUCCGUGGAAUUUGACAAAAUCAUCAUUCGGAAUUCGGUCACUAGACAGAUUGAGUGUCAAAUAAUGAUGGAUAAGAUUGAUCGUGACGCGGAUAGUGCACUGUACAGCGACAUUAUGCAAUGGUCGCAGGAUGGAACCCAGCUUGCCGCAGGCCUGAAGGACCAUGUUAUCAAGAUCUGGGAUUCCUCUGGGCGGGAAACGCAUACUCUUAAUGGCCACACAGGCACAGUCAUCUCACUUGCCUGGUCACGAGAAGGACAUAGGCUCGCGUCUUUGUCUGUGGACGAAUUAGUUUCUCCGGGUUAUGGAAACAAAUGUGUGAGGAUCUGGAAUUUGGAAGCUGGUACAUGCGAACUAGUCUUUUCUUGCUUUAGGGUUCAGACGAUUCAAUUUGGUCGAACCGAUCCCACCCUUCUGCACACAGAACUUGGUGCUAUUGAUAUACAAUUGGCUCAGAUGAUUCAACAUAGCCGAACCCAUUCCAAGCUUCUGCACAGAGCACGUGGCGCUAUUGAUAUAGACCUUGCCAGCACCGCCUCUUCCGUUCAACCAAUGCGGCCGGAUUUUCAAGGGUACGGCUUGAAUGAAGACUUCUCUUGGAUCGUUUAUAAUGAGGGCGACUUGCUCUGGAUACCUUUUGACUAUCGACCGGAGUGGAACGAUUCGGAACUGCCAGUAUCAAUGUACAGCUCAAGAUUUGAAACAACGUUUGCACUUGGGUCCAUGACGGGCGGCGUUCGAUUUAUUACCCUUGCAAAACAGCCUCCUGGUUCUGUUUUCGAUGAGUAUGAUACAUAG